UUUGGUUGAAUAAGCGUGCUGGUGGGUUGUUGCUCCAAAGUGCAGUCAAGUGUAUGCUGCCCAGUGAAUAGGAGCAGGCUGCUGGUUGCAGCCUAGGCCCGGCCUGGGGGCCGCCCCGCUCCUUUCCCAUUGGAGUUCAUGGACGGAGUGAAACAAGAUGGCGGCGCCCAGCUAGAGCCGAUCAUGGCGGAUGCCUCAAGGUGCAAGCACAGAAAACAGGCGAACCCGAGGAGAAAACACGCCAAAGGACAAAUAACAAUGAGUGAAGAUCCAAAUGGCUAUGCUAAAGAAAUUGAUGAAGAGUAUGUAAAGAAAGAACAAGUUUUUCAGGAUGAAAAACAUGAAGAUGAAAUGAGAGAAGAUACCAUAACCACAUUUGACCAAGCAACAAGCCUUCAAAAUGAGACCAAACAAGAAGUUGACAGUGUAGAUGACAGCCAAAUACAAAGCUGUGAACAGAUGCAGGAUUUUAUUCAUGACUCAUCAAAAGCUGCUGGACUACAGUUAUUUCAUUUAAAUCAAAAUGAGAAACAGCAAGUAUUGCCAACUACAUUUGGUCAACAUACACAAGAGAAGCAUGCUGCAAUGACAGAUGGGCCUAACAGUGUACAUAAGGACAAAGAUACACAAGGACCUUCAUCCACUAUGACUUACCAGAAGAAAAGUUUGUCAACCAAAGGCCAUUUCAGGACCAUUGCUCCAAAAGUUAUUCCAUCACAAAUAGCAGUAUCUGCUUCUUCAAUGGUACCUCAUUCCACCAUGAGUGGCAUUUCUUGUGGAUCCACUAUUACAUCAGAUAUUCAGACAAACACAUAUCCAACAAAGAAUGCAAAGCCCAUAAUCAUGCCAGCUCGGAGCUAUGCAUUGAUGCCUAUUGCUGGCAAAGAGGGAACUUACUCACUUGUAGCCCUACCACAGGUUGCUGCAGCUACUCCACAAGUAUCUUCAAAGGUCACAAAAUCAGUCACAGGCUGUUGUACUAGCCAGGCACCGGUUUCUCAAGCCAUCGGUAGAACAUCAGUCGUAGCAUUUGGGCAGACUGCACCUCCUGUUGCUGCCACUGAAAAAUUGAAGUUACCAAUUCCACGCUAUCAGUCCGUGUGGGCCAAACCAGCUGUGAAGCAGGGAAUGUUCUCAAAACUGGCAGUCGUGAAACCAAGUAAUCUUCAGUGUCAAUCAUGUAUGCCAGGAGCAACAUCAAUACAGGUUCAACCAUCCACUGUGCCCAGCCAUUCAAACAUUCAUUCAAAUAUGGUAGCAUCUAAAACUGGAUUGUUGCUUGAUGUGGACAAAGCAGGGUGUGUAUCUGCUGACAUCACAGUUCCUGCAACACUUUCCCAGGAUACAAAUAUAAUGCUUCAACAUUCUUCCCCAUCCAAGUGUGAUGUAUUGAAAAACAACGAAACAACUGAAAUGGACAGACCCAUGCCACAGCCUGGAGAAGCAAAAUUCUUUUCUCAGCCCAGUCUGGAUUCACUGUCAGUAACAUGCAGCGUUUCAACGUGGCCUGUUGUCCAAACUGACCGACAAUCCUCACUUGUCACUAAAUGUACUGGACCGGUUGGUUCAGUGCCACUAAUGCAGUUUGGAAAUUCAGUUCAGUUUAUUGCACCUACUCCGGCACCAAAAGGCAAAGUUCCUAUUUUACCAUACUCACGAAUGAAAAACACCAUUUUUCACAAUCCCAAACAAAAUCAAACUACUUCUGUUACGUUAUCUACCCAAUUCAAGGCAGGGAUCCCUGCUGCAAUGUCAGUUAAUAAUCAGUCGAAAGCUGCUGAAAUGUCUAAGAAUAUCUGCAUGGCUUCUGAUUUUCACAGAGACAGUGCUAAUAAACCAGAUAGUCCAUUACCAUUUAUACCAACCAGCAGUAAUGAUGCAUGUAUAUCAAAAAAAAGGAUUGUAGAUCAACUAAAGAAGCCAAACAGCAAUGUACUGAAACACAGAUUAGUAAGUAAAAGGAAGAUGACAGAUAAUGUACCCAUUUCCAAAGUGAAAAGAUUUAAGACCUGUAAUCUCUUGAGCAGAAUGCAGGAAGAUGAAGAAAAGAUAAAAGCCAAUUUUUCUCCUCAAGACUCUGGAAGUUUCAAAGUGAACAUGAAUACCAUAACAAAUGUAAACUCAGACAAAACAGCAGAAGUGCUGAAGAAGUUUUGUAACAUUAUGCCCAAGCCUGUCGCAGUUACACAGGCUGUAGCUCCAUUAGCGUUAUCUGGAAGGAUGUUUUCAAUCCAGAAUCUUGCUAGUUUAAAACCAGAGACUGCACUAAAUGAUGCAACAAUCAGCAAAACAGCUAACUUGGUGCAAGUUGCCAGUACAUCUGGCUAUUACAGAAACGUACCUGACCAAUUGAUCUUGGAUGAACAAGAAUAUAAAUGCCAUGUUUGUAAUCGAGGCUUUCAGCUUAAACAUCAUCUUCAGGAUCAUUUGAAUAUUCAUUCCAAGAGCAGGCCUUACUGCUGUCGUGUUUGCCACAAGGCCUACAGUCAUUCAGGUAGCCUUAGCACUCACAUGAAAAGGUGUCAUAGUGAAGUACACCGUAAGAAGCUCAUGUGCUGUGAGUUUUGUGCAAAGCUCUUUGGACAUAUUGGAGUCUAUCUUUUUCAUCUAAAAGAAAUUCAUAAGGUCUUAAUCAGCAAUGAGCAUUCCAAUGAUUCACUUCUGCCAAAUAAAAGUAAUGGAGACAGAAAGGAAGGAAUGCUGGGAGCUGCGCAUCAUCUGCCCCUGUCAGACAGAAAGCAGACUGAGGAUAGUCAAUCACAAGCUGAAUUGGUUGGCCUCAGCACUUUGCAAAUAAAAUGUGCUCGUUGCCAAGUUGUCACCCCCACCUUUGUUGAUAUGAAACUUCACCUGUUAUGUGCCCAUGAGGAAGAGUUGCAGCUGAGGGUAGAAGAGAGAUCCGUAAAUGAUAAAAGUAGAUGCAUCAGUGGAUUUCCGAUUUACUCAAGCAUGGAAGCUGAACAAGAACUGCUCAAGCACGCAGCAAACUACUGGAAACAACUUGGUGAGAAAAAAAGUUUGGUCAGGUGUGACGUUUGUGAAGAAGCUUUCCAAUCUUGUUUUAAAUUGAAGAAGCACAUGAGUUUGCAUUACAAACAGCAGCUCCAUUCAGGUGCUGUGGAUUCAAAUACAGUUGCUCAGGCUAAUAAAAUUCAGUUCAUUACAAAUUUAGGGUUUAAUUGUAUUUUAUGUAAACAGAACUGUGGAAGUAAAUCUGAACUUUUCAGGCACUGGCAAAGUUACCACAAGUGCAAGGACCCUGCUAUUCUGUGGACAGUCUUCAGUUCAUUGAAUGUACAUUGCACAGUUGAUGAGGAACUGCCCAAUGUUUCACCAGAACACACUGCUGUCAGCACUGAACCGUUCUGCAGGCAUAUUGUUGAUUCAGCAUCGCAGUAUGAACUACAUAACAGGGAAAGAAUUGUCGAUGAGUGCAAGGUGCACUUGAGCAACUGCAGUGGUGAAGCAGAAGGCAGUCUUGAUUAUUGCCAUUUAACAUGUCCAUUUUGCUUGAAGACCUUCUACUGUGUGAACUGGAAAGGUAACAGCGGCAAAGAAGUUGUCUUUCAGCAGGAGGAUGUCAUGCAUCAGUGCCCAAAGUGCCUACUAAAGUUCUCAUUAACUGCUAAAGGUCUUGGAGCUCAAGUACUCUGUACUUCAUCCAAACAUUGUGAUUAACAUACCAGUGCUUCAGGAACUUAAUAUAUCUUUCCGAGAAAGGUCGUAAAGGCAGAGGUGCUGAAGUAUCUGGCUUACCAAUGGCAGGAGAGUGGCCAUUCUCCCAGUUCAGGUUAUUACUAGUUUGCUUUAGCUGUAGCAGUCAGAAGAUGCUGCAGUCCAGAAAGAUUCCAAGCUUCAGCAGAAGAUUCCUGAUUGACGUUUCUUUCUGAAAUCACUUUGGAAGUUGUUCCCUCCUGCUUGUACGAAUCUAUAAUUCAAUUUACCUUUUUGACAAGGAGUGUGUUUAUGGGAUGUUACUAGAUUGGAACAGCUCCUUAGUUAAAUUGCUAUAUUGGGUCAGUUAAGUUACUCUAAAUUCUUUUUUCUUUUGUUUGUGUUUCAAUUGCAGUGUUUAAAUAACUUCUGUUUAGCUUAAAGCUGAGUGGUAUGACCAACUACAAUACACCUGGCAUAUCCACUUCAUAUCUGUCUUUAAAAGAAGAAAAAGUUAGGGUCUAGGCUCGCUUCUUAAAACAUUCUGAAGGGGUCUAACCUGGUCCAUAACAAGGGACUAACAAGGCUCUUGUUUACAGAGCUGACCCACAUGUCCACAAACCUGUUAAUCUUGCAUUUAACCCAGAAAUGAUUGUUAAACCUAGGCAUUUAUUGGCAUGACCAACCUGGUAAACAGCAACUACAUGGAUUCAUAAGUCGGGUGGGGGGAGUGUGGAUAUAACAAACAGCUGCAGACCCUAGAGAUCUGAAGCAAAAACGGAAAUUCCUGGCAAAGCUUAGCAGGUCUGGCAGCAUCUGUGGUAAGAAAGCAGAGUUAACAUUUCAAGUCUAACGAAGAAUCACUUGACUCAUGGUGUUUACUCUGCUUUCUUCCCACUGAUGGAGCCAGACAUUCAAAAGGGGAAGACUCUGCCUGAUGUUUCAAAUUUUUAAGGCAAUUAUAUCCUAAGUGAACUGUGAAAACCACGCCAACAGCCCUGCAUAGAUUUGUGUAAGGAUUUGACAAAAGUUUUCCUGCUACCUAAGAAUGUGAUGAUGUAUUGUCCACUUGCCUGAAUGGAUGUAGUUCCAAUUGCUCUCAGGAAGCUUAAUACUUAACCAGGGCAAAUCAGUUUUGUCGAUUGGCAUCCAUUCACUGGCUUGUAUCUGCAUUCCCUUGAACACUGGUGGACCUUGGCUGUCGUAUGUGAUAUAUACAGGAUGCAUUGCAGAAAUUUGCCGAGACACUUCAUUUUUUUGGAAGCAUUUCCAGAUGUGUUUCCAACUCCUGCUUUUAAGUCUGUAGAUCAAAAGAAGCAUUGAUCUUCUGUAUCCUUCUUUUCUUCUGUUUCAUUCUGUUUUCAAAAAAAACAGUAACUGCUUUCUUUGAGGAGUCAAUAGCAUAGCUGACCCAGGAGGAUAGUAAUGCACACAACACCUUACGCUCAGGAAAUAUCUGGAAAAGGAGAUAUUGUAGUCCACUAUGUUCGGGAUAUCUGCAAAGCUAAGGAAUUUGAAUAUGUGGGAGUUGGAAAUUUAAACAACUCUUUAAGCCAGUUUUAAUAAGCUGUGGUAAAGCUGUAAUCUGAGGGAGGUUACAGAUCACCAGGUUGAAACAAAACUUGGCUUUAGCAAGAGAUAAGAAUUUACUGAGCACUUCUUGUGGUGAGUGCAAAGAAAAUAAGUCUCUUCCUGUUUUACCAUGGCUCGCUCUUCUACAUUGCUGCUUAUCCUAAGGUUUCCCAUUCUCCAAUAUUGCAUUCCUACUGUUCACUCCUCUUUUUGUUCUUACUGCAGAACUCCUUCCACCCCUUAGUCCUCGUCUGCCUCUUGUGGUUAUCUUGUCAUCUGCUGGUCCCUGUACACAUCUAUCCACCGUGAUGAAGGCCUCCAAGACCUCCGUUUCUUCCGCUCACACCGUCCCAACCAGUACCCUUCCAAUGAUGCCCUCAUCCACCUGGCUGAACUGGCCCUGACCCUUAAUAACUUCUCCAUCCAAUCCUCCCACUUCCUCCAAACCAAAGGGGUAGCCAUGGGCAUCCACAUGGGACCCAGCUAUGCCUGCC